AUGAUGGGAGAUUGUAUUCAAAUCGGUGUGCUUAGCGAUAAAAAAUUCGGAUUUGUUGGAUAUAUACCGGCCAUAAGUGGAAUUGUGCACUACAAUUUGCUGAUGUAUACUGUGUACUAUUACACAAGUCGUGACCGUUUUGAGGAGUGUCUGCCAAGUUUUUGCAUUUUUGGAAUUAUGAAUGCAACAUAUGCAUAUUAUAUGGCCAUUGUGGAUUCCAUGUACGAAUUGCAUAGAUUGAUUAAUAUUCCCAGAAAAAACAUUUACCGUGACAAUCAGCGGCCAACAAACAACAAUCGAAUUUGUGAAGAAAGCAUUAACUAUUCUAUUAAAGCGUACGCUAUAAAGAUGACGGUGAUACUCAUUUCAUUUGUUGGAGCAACUAUUGGGCCAUUCUAUCGAUAUAUGGACGAUGGAACAUUGGUUACGCUUUAUUCCUUGAAAUUGCCAUACCUUCACAAUGAUUUACACACGGAAUUUAUUGUAAAUGCAAUAUGGCAAUUGAUGAUCACCAUAAUAGGCGGGAUUGGACUCUUUCUCAUUGAAGGAGUACUCACUUUGAUCGAUGACACCGUUAACGUUUCUUCGUAUCUGUGCCAAUUGGAAUUCGAAGAACUAUCAAAUUGUCUCAAAAAUGAAUCGAUAACCAUUCAUAAAUCACGUGAAAAACUAAAGAAUAUCUACAUGAAAAUUGCAUACAAUGAUGAAUUCAUCAAAUCUAUUGGAAAUCUUUUCUAUUGGAGACACUUUUUUGCUCCACUAACGUUUUCUAUUUCAAUAGCAAUAUCAAUUUAUUGUCAAAAAGUGAUGGACUAUCCGGCUGGAUAUGGAUUGGCGGUCGUUUCUUACAUUCAAAUGGCUGUCAUGUGUUUUAUGGGACAGAAUAUUUCGGAUAGAAAUGAUCGUUUACUCAGAGCGUUGUACGACUUUAAAUGGUAUCUUUUACCGAAAGAAGAUCAAAAGGAUGUGCGACACAUGCUUCGCCUACUUCAGAAUGAGGUCUCUUUUACAAUGGGACCAUUUAAGGAAUUAAAUUUUGAAACUUUAAAAAAUCUUAGCCAAAAGGUUUUACCGGAUUCGUGCACUACAGUUUACUGAUUUAUACCAUGUACUAUUACAGAGAGCCUA